GGACAAAGCUCUCAGGUUAUUUUCGAUCUCAUGGCGAACAAUGCACCGCAAGCUGAUUGCACAUUCUUAUCGGCGUGUCAUACCGCUGUCGGUGAUGAGCAGACACUCGAUGAAGUCAUCCACCUCGCAGCUGGUCUGCAGUUUUCUGGGUUCAAGAGCGCCAUCGGCACUCUGCGAGGUCGAUAAUGUUGUCACAAAAACGCCGUCUCUAUGAGAAAAUGUUCAAGGAUCUGGAGGGGGGUAUUAUGGACGGUGCGAGGGCACCUUUGGCAUUCAAAAAACCGAUUCGUUAUACCGGUGUAGUUCCAUGUUGUUUUGGUCACAGUGUUGUGUGAUUUUAGCUGUCUAUGAUUGCA